CCCUUUCCUUGCUCUUUGCGUUGCAUCUGCGGAGUCCUGGUUGAGGUUCUGCUUGCAGUUGGUUUGGGGCAGUGCUGAGGGAGUGUCAUCAAGAGGACAAAAAAUAAAAACAGGGAGUAGUAGGAAUGGAGGGGAAGGAGGAAGAUGUAAGGCUGGGAGCCAACAAGUUCUCGGAGAGGCAGCCCUUGGGCACAGCGGCUCAGUCGGACAAGGACUACAAGGAGCCACCCCCAGCUCCCCUGUUUGAGCCUGGGGAGUUGAAGUCCUGGUCCUUCUACAGGGCUGGCAUUGCUGAGUUCAUCGCCACCUUCCUCUUCCUCUACAUCACUGUCUUGACUGUUAUGGGUGUGGGGAGGUCCAGUAGCAAGUGUGCUUCUGUGGGUAUUCAAGGUAUUGCUUGGGCCUUCGGUGGUAUGAUCUUUGCCCUUGUCUACUGCACUGCCGGCAUCUCAGGAGGACAUAUUAACCCGGCAGUGACCUUUGGACUGCUGUUGGCAAGAAAGCUGUCCCUAACCAGGGCAGUGUUCUACAUGGUGAUGCAGUGCCUUGGGGCCAUAUGUGGUGCAGGUGUUGUGAAGGGCUUCCAAAAGUCCGAGUACCAGAUGUUGGGUGGUGGGGCAAACGUGGUUAACCAUGGCUACACCAAGGGUGAUGGCCUUGGUGCUGAGAUUGUUGGCACCUUUGUUCUCGUCUACACUGUCUUUUCUGCUACUGACGCAAAAAGAAGCGCCAGAGACUCUCACGUCCCUAUUUUGGCUCCUCUAGUUUAGUUGAAUAUUUCUGUGAUUAUUGUUUGUGCUGCAGAUUUUGGCUCCUCUUCCUAUUGGGUUUGCAGUGUUCUUGGUUCAUUUGGCAACCAUCCCCAUCACUGGAACUGGCAUUAACCCAGCCAGGAGUCUGGGGGCUGCCAUCAUCUACAACAAAGAUCAUGCAUGGGAUGAUCAUGUAAGUAGUAUGACCAGAAUCACACACAGUUCUGCCUUUAUUUUUCGUCAUUGAUGUUAACGAGACUUAUUUUGAUUUCUCAACUCUCUCAGUGGAUCUUCUGGGUGGGUCCCUUCAUUGGAGCUGCUCUCGCUGCUGUGUACCACCAGAUUGUCAUCAGAGCUAUUCCUUUCAAGGCUCGGGCAUGAGUCCCCCCAUAUCGUUGGGGAGUGCCAAUCUCCUCAUCUUCCCCCCUGCCUUUCCACGCAUCUCUUCUUGACCCCCUUCUUUGUGUUUUCUCUCUCUUCCUUCGUUCUUCAUGUGUGUAAAUUAUGAAGUAAUUGGUGCUGUACUCGGUUUGUGUUGAGGUUUUGGAAUGAAGAAUUCUUUUGUACCCUUGUAUUCAUAGUAAUUAUGAAAGAUUGUAUUGUGCUGAUCAA